UGCAUUCACUAUCAGAUCGCUUUACGAAGAAGACUAAGAAGACUUUUAGUGAGAAGUAAAUCAACAAUAACUAUGAACUACCACUCCUACAGCAACCAACUCUGCGACGCCAUCAUUGAGGUUGAAGAGCUCUUCACGAGGUGGAGCAGCCCAGGCCAGUUCAUGUACACCGUCCCUGGUGUGACUCCGAACAUAAUGAAGUCCAUCAUCCAGUACGGUUACUCACAGCGGAUAAGAAUCACGCGAAAGAACGUGAAGGCUCUCUUGGAGGCAGCCGAUUACCUGCUGAUGGACGACAUUGUUCACACCUGCUGCCGGUUUCUAGAGAAGCUGCGUGAUCGGGCGUCCCUCAUGGUGGAGCAGAGCCUGAUGUACCGCCUCGGUGUUCCUGAAUCCGGAGCAAAUUCCCAGCUACGCUCCAACUCACCUGGCGUGGGAGACAGUUCAGGCAGAAGACGUCAAACACCGUACACACGGCGUCACACGAGUAGUAACGGAGCCUGGAACGUGCAUCCAACUCAGAUCACACACACACUUUUUUUCCUAUUUCUUCUUAUUGCUAUAAUAAACACAUCUGAAUUAUUAAAUAUAUACAGUAUAUUGUGGGCAGUGGUGACUUGGCGGUUAAGACUCCGGGCUACUGAUCGGAAGGUCGGGGGUUCAAGGCCCAGCACUGCCAAACUGCCACUGUUGGGCCCCUGA